CGGUCAUACACCCUCAUACUGACCCAAUAUGAAAUGGUAAAGACCUAUCUAGGAUAAAAGCAUGUAAAAGGGGUUUGGAACGGGCAUGCAACCAUGGACAAGCAAGACUGGGACAUCUGUCAUGCGGCGAUUGACAACACGCCUUGGACAUGCAUGACCGUGACACUGUGCAACCUUUUAGUCCCACAAAUGAAAUCAACCGGACGCCUGUUUGCUUAGCACAAAAUACGAUGAAAAGCUUCGCAUUGCAGACUGGAUCCCACAAUGGCCAUUUCUUCCUUCCGCAGGGACUCUUGAAGCAGUAAAGAGGAUGUGUCCAAAGCAAGCCAUGCUAAUUGGAAUGGGUCAUGAGUUUGAUCGCCACCACAUGAAUAAUGAGUUCCUUGAUGAAUGGUCUUAAAGUUACAAAAUUUACAUUCUGUUCCUAAAAAAGGAACCAAUCAACUUAUAAAGAUUCAUUCAAUGAUUGUCCUGCACAUGGCUGUCAAGUUAUAGAGGAAGAAAUUCCAGUGCAGCUUGCUCAUGAUGAUCCUAGAAUCUCCACACACCUAUGAUGAGGAAAAGGUAUAUCAAUAGCACAUUGAAGAGACCAGGGAAAAUAUAAGAAGGAUGUACCAGAAGCAGUGUACUGCGAUGGAGAAGUUAGAGAGAAAAGCCUUAUUGAUGGAAAAAGAAGAAGGAACACCCGUGAUUGGUUGCCAACCCUUCUUCAAAAGUAAUAAACCGACAAUGCAGAGGAGAUUUAAAGCCAAGAAAUCAAAGAACAAAAAAUGGAUCACUGACGGGUAUAAUUUCUCCGAGUAAACUGAGGAUGAAACUCAUGGCACCUCAUCAUAAAAAGAAGGAUGGAUCAAACAGCAACUCUUCAAGAACUUCUCCUUCCAAACUUGAGGACACUGAGUUUGUCAGAAAUAGUUUAUUAUUGGCCACAGAAAAUGGUGGCUUUGAAGAGGAAGAAACAUGUCAUGCAGUGACAUCUUCCUGCUUCGAAGUUCUCUCUGAAAAGGUUUUGAAUCAGGCAGUUUCAGACUCAAAACAAAGUGAUCGGUCUCCAAGUCUGCCAAAGGAGUUUCUCUCCGAAUCUGAUCGAAAUAGAAUGCAGGAAUGCCUGAAAGGUGAUAGUUGUAAUUCAAGCACAAUUAACCCUCCAAAAUCAUUAGAAGAUGAAAAUCUGGAUUAUGACAGUAAUGCAAGUUCAUCUAGUUUUGAGUUUCAUAAAGGAGAGAGGUCUGCACAAAGCUCCAUUUCAAGGUCCCACUUGAGACCGAUGCCAUCGAAGUGGAACGAUGCAGAGAAAUGGAUAAUGAUUCGUCAAAACAAUGGUCAGGCUGCCAAUUAUUCUAAGAAGAAUGUUGCACAAAACCAUGGAUAUAGAAUGAUGGCCGCAAAUAUGGUGAGGGUUGCUCCAGAAUCUGCAAACUCCCGGCUUCGGUCAUCAAUUGGUAACGUCGUGGAUGCAAACCAUGUUGAUUUUUGUCAGCCUGAGAAGUUCUCUUUUGUGCCUGCUGGAGCAUAUUCUUUUGCAGAUGAUGAGUUGAUUGACCCAUGUUCUCAAAUUAAUGACUUGAAGGAAGUGGAUCACAGGCCAUCCUCAAAAGCUAGUAAAGAGGAUUCGACAGGCUUCCCUGCAAUAAGAGCAGUUUCAAUGAGAGAUAUGGGAACAGAAAUGACCCCAGUUCCUAGCCAAGAGCCUUCAAGAACAGCCACCCCUGUCGGAGCGUCUCCGCUUCGCACCCCAAUUUCUUCAACCCCCUCCACACCACGGAGAGAUGCACCUGCUCCCACUUCUACAGAGCAAUCUGCGUUCCAGUUGCAACAAUUCACAGAAAAUGGCCAUAAGGAACUGUCAAAAGAUGAAAUGAAGCUCAAAACAAGGAGAGAGAUUCUAGCCCUUGGUAUGCAGCUUGGCAAGUCAAAUAUUGCAGCCUGGGCAAGUAAGGAUGAGAAGGAAAAGAACAGACAGAAUGUUGAAACUGCUGACAAGGAGGCACUCAAGCGAGCGGAGUUCGAAAAACGUGCAGCUGUGUGGGAGGAAGUCAAAAAGUCUAAACAUAUGGCAAGAUAUAGACGCGAAGAGAUCCAAAUCGAAGCAUGGGAAAACCAGCAGAAAACGAAGCUCGAAGCCGAGAUGCGGAGGGUAGAGGCCCAAGUUGAGCAAAUGAGAGCUGAAGCUGAAGUGAGUAUGAUUAAGAAGAUUGCUAUGACAAAGCAAAAGUCGGAAGAAAAACGGGCAGCGGCCGAGUGUCGAAAGAAGCGUGAGGCAGAAAGAGCAUCUGCACAGGCUGAGUACAUUCGGCAGACAGGACGAAUGCCAUCCUCCCCUUACAUUUGUUGUGGUUGGCUGUGAUGAAACCAAAACUCCCAUGAAAAAUGAAGAGAACAAUGAAUUGGGGGCCUAACAAUGCUCAACUUGCAUCUAUCAAGCAGCUUCAUUUACAUUUAGUUCCCAGAAGAGAAUUUUGCAGUUAAUGAACUAACUCCUUACCUCAGAGUGUUCAUAUCGAAUAAACAGAUAGCUAUGAAAAAUUCACGAUUCGAACUCUUAAAAUGUUUUGAUUGUAACAAGUUUUUUGAAGCUACUUUUAGUACACUUGCCUGAUUGUG